AUGGACAACCAGGUCGAAAACGCCAUCGAGAUAGCCUGGAACCCUCGGUCUGAGCAAAGCCUCAAGGCGCAGGCUUUCGACUUCCUCAACCAGCUACGGACCGACGCCUCGGGCCGGGAGGCGUGCGUUGCCCUCUUCACGCGAACACCCAAGUGCUCCGAGGUCGUCCGUCUGGUGUCCCUGGACGUAGUCAACAAUGCGAUCCAGACCCAGCAGCUGGAUACCACAAGCUUGAACCACAUUAAGGAGACGCUCCUGGAGUAUGUCCGGCGGACCUAUGCGACUGGGGACCAGGCUGAGGUCGACCCCGCCAGUUUACAAAACAAGCUCACCCAGACCUUGACCUUCCUCUUCGUUUCGCUGUAUAACCAAGGGUGGGAGAGCUUUAUAGACGACAUUCUGGGCUUGACGAGUCUCCGGAAUAACGGGACGAGGGAUAAUUUCAACGGCACAGUUCUGUACUUGCGGAUCCUGGGAUCGAUUCACGAUGAGAUUGCUGAUGUCAUUAUCUCACGCUCGACUGUAGAGACGAAGCGAAACACACAAUUGAAGGAUGCUAUGAGAGUUCGUGAUGUUGCCAAAGUGGCUGCCUCUUGGGAGGAGAUCCUGAACCAAUGGAGGGACCAGAAUGACGGCGUGGUGGAGAUGUGCCUUAAGGUUAUUGGGAAAUGGGUUAGCUGGAUCGAUAUAUCCCUGAUCUUCCAAGGGGUUCUUCCCAUUCUGUUCGACCUUGCGGGCAGAAUCAAACCCGGCAAUGGCGAGGACAAGGUUCGGGACGCCGCUAUUGAUACUUUUACCGAGAUCGUGGCCAAGAAGAUGAAGCCUGCGGAUAAGAUCGGUCUGAUUGUCUACCUCAACCUUGGACAAGUCAUCUCGCAGUUGAUUUCUAGCCCGGCUUUGCAUGAUCUGCGGACAACUUCCAGCUAUGAUACGGACUUGGCUGAAGCGGUUGCGAAGCUUGUCAACAAUACCGUUUUUGAUAUCGUCAAGGUUUUGGAGGACACACAGGCCCCGAUUGAUACCCGGGAACAGGCCGAGCAGCUCAUCCACUCUUUCCUCCCACUUCUACUACGCUUCUUCGCCGAUGAGUAUGAUGAGAUAUGUUCGACUGUCAUCCCAUCGCUCACGGACCUUCUUACUUUCUUGCGGAAAGCAAAGCCUCUGCCUACAAAAUUCGCCGAGAUGUUGCCGCCCGUCUUGAACGCUAUAAUUCAAAAAAUGAGAUAUGACGAGACGUCAUCAUGGGGAGCCGAAGACGAGCAAACUGACGAAGCAGAAUUCCAAGAGCUGAGAAAGCGGUUGCAAGUUCUGCAAAAGAGCGUGGCGGCCGUUGACGAAGCCCUCUACGUGGAUAUUCUCAGCAAUGUGAUCGGUAACACGUUCCAAAACCUCGAUCAGCAAGGCGGCCAGAUGGACUGGCGGGAUCUUGACCUAGCCCUCCACGAGAUGUACUUGUUCGGAGAGCUUACGAUUCCUAAUGGUGGUUUGUACGCCAAGAGCCAGCCAUCUAGUGUGGCUGCGGAGCGUCUGAUUAUUAUGAUGUCGAAGAUGGUGGAGUCUGGUAUUGCCAACUUCGCUCAUCCCGCGAUUCAACUGCAAUACAUGGAGAUCGUCGUCCGUUAUUGCUCAUUCUUCGAGAAUCAGUCUCGGUACAUCCAACCAGUCCUAGAACAGUUUGUCGUACUUGUCCAUUAUCCGCAUAUUAGAGUCAGAACACGCUCCUGGUACCUGUUCCAACGAUUUGUCAAGCACCUCCGAGCACAUGUCGGCAAUGUUGCGGAAACGGUCAUUCAGUCUAUCGGUGAUCUCCUUCCGAUCAAGGCUGAGGUUCCAAACGAGACGGCUGACGACGACAUGUCUUCGGACGAGAGUGACCACUCUGCGGAUGCGGCAUUCAAUGGUCAGCUGUAUCUGUUCGAGGCGAUCGGCUGCAUUUCUUCAACCACCACGACGCCGGUAGAGAAGCAAAUUUUGUAUGCUCGUUCCAUCAUGGAGCCGCUUUUCUCUGAUAUUGAGAGGAAUCUGGGACCAGCUAAAUCCGGUGAUGCUCAAGCCGUUCAGCAAAUCCACCACGUUAUCAUGGCCCUUGGUACGUUAGCGCAUGGAUUCUCUGACUGGACUCCUGGCAAUCCCUCGACCGCAUCUCAUGCUCCAAAGCCCGAGGUGUCUGCGGAAUUCAGCCGUGCGGCAGAGGCCAUCUUGAUCGCCCUCGAGGCUCUCAAGAGCUCAUUCGAUGUGCGUACAGCAGCCAGAGCUUCUUUCACUAGAUUGAUGGGCGUUUUGGGGAUUGGAAUCCUACCAUCACUCCCUCGCUGGAUCGAUGGUCUACUCUCCCAAAGCUCGUCUAAGGAUGAGAUGGCCAUGUUCCUGCGCUUGCUGGAUCAGGUCGUCUUUGGCUUCAAGAAGGAGAUCUAUGAUGUCUUGGACUCGCUCCUCACGCCACUCUUACAACGAGUCUUUGCUGGUCUAGCAGAGCCAAUAACCGGUACUGACGACGAGGUUCAGCUUGCCGAGCUUCGACGGGAAUACCUGACGUUCGUCCAAAUUAUCCUGAACAACGACCUGGCAUCGGUCCUCGUCAGUGCCUCAAACCAGGGCUUCUUUGAGUCUUUGAUCGCAUCGGUUACCACACUAGCACAAACCGUUACCAGUGGCACAGGAAACCUUGCAGCUAGCCGACUGGCAUUCUCGGUCAUCACACGCAUGGCCGACCUGUGGGGCGGCGCCAACAUCGCUACAAUCGGACCGCAACCAGCGUCCUCCUCCACCGCUCCCUCCCCAGCAUUCGACGGUUUCGAUCGCUUCCUGAUCGAAAGAUUUCACCCGAUCUGCUGGGUCGUCCUCCGCGAACAGACCUUCCGCCCUGCAACAGACGCACAAGCCAAGCAAGUCCUCAACGAGAUCGCCGGCUUGGAGCAGAUGAUCUACCUGAAGACAGGCGAUAUGUUCAUCCAGCACUUGCAGCAGGAGUUCUUCCCCGCGAUGGGCGUCAACGGCUCGGAUUUCAUCAAGUCGAUGACCACGUCUACGGAUCGGAAAGGACUGGCUGGGUAUCUGCAGGGCUUUCUGAAGGACUCCCGCGCUUAA